GGAGAAUGGCUUCACGUGACUAUGUUGGAGAGGAUGUUUGCAGUUUGAUUGGGAAUACUCCUAUGGUUUAUCUCAACAGAUUGCCAAAUCCUAAUGGUGCACGUGUAGCUGUCAAAAUUGAAUGGAUGAAUCCCGCUUGUAGCGUUAAAGACCGAAUUGCUCAUGCAAUGGUAAUUACUGCUGAGCGUGAAGGGAAGAUUAAGCCUGGGAAGACGACUUUAAUUGAGCCAACUAGUGGAAAUACUGGAAUUGCACUUGCGAUGGUAGCUGCUGCUCGUGGUUAUCGUCUUAUUUGUGUAAUGCCUUCGACUAUGAGUGGAGAACGACGUACUCUUAUUCGGGCUUUUGGCGCGGAGAUGGUUUUAACUGACCCUGUUCUUGGAAUUAAAGGAACUAUUGACAAGGCUAAUGAACUUGCUAAAAUUAUUCCAAAUUCGUUUAUGCCUCUUCAAUUUGACAAUCCUGUUAAUCCACAAAUUCAUUAUUCCACUACCGGAGCUGAGAUCUAUCGUCAAACUGGUGGUCGAAUAGAUGCUUGUGUUUUUGGUAUUGGGACUGGUGGAACGCUCUAUGCUGUUGAGCCAACCGAAAGUGCUGUUUUGAGUGGAGGACAGCCUGGUCCACACAAAAUUCAGGGGAUGGGUGCCGGCAUAGUUCCUGCCGUUUUGGACACCAAACUUUAUAAUGGAGUUAUUACCGUUUCUUCUGACGAGGCUAUUGCUAUGGCAAAACGUGCUGCACUUGAAGAGGGUCUUCUUUGUGGUAUUUCUAGUGGGGCUAAUUUGGUUGCGGCACUUCGUGUUGCUGAGAGGCCAGAACUGAAGGGAAGGCUUGUUGUUACUGUACUUCCAAGUUUUGGCGAGCGUUAUUUGACGACUACACUUUACUCUGACAUUCGUGAGGCUACUGCUGCUUUGACUCAUACUGAGACUUUAGAGGAGAGUGUUAAUCGUAUUAAUGCCAAUCCUCGCUGGGCUAACUCUCAUUAA